UUAGCCAGAGCGAAGCGAGGAGUCCGGGGUCGACAUGUAGGAGUUUACCACACACUUCAAGACUUUGUUCCCACGCCUUAUCGUCUUUUCCUCAUGCUUUAAUUGUUUUUUUUUUGUUGUUGUUUUUUUUUUACUUUUUGAAGAGCACAACAGCGCCAUGUUUCUACGGGGCUCCAAAAAGCGAAGGUCAACGCGCUCUGAGGAGGAGGACCCAGACAAAGGGCAGCCCUGUAUGCGCUGUGGAGACCAGUGCCCCGGGUUCAGUGUGCAUGGAUGGAGAAAAAUCUGUGUUCACUGUAAGUGUGUGCGAGAGGAGCAUGCAGUGCGGGCUGUCCCGGGGCAGCUGGAGAAGAUGAUGAUGACCAAACUGGUGUCCGACUUCCAGAGACAUUCCAUCUCCGACGAUGACUCAGGCUGCGCCUCCGAGGAAUACUCCUGGGUCCCACCGGGUCUCAAGCCAGAACAGGUGUACCAGUACUUCAGCUGCCUGCCUGAGGACAGAGUGCCUUACGUGAAUAGUCCAGGAGAGAGGUACAGGAUCAAACAGCUGCUGCACCAGCUGCCCGCUCAUGACAGUGAGCCUCAGUACUGUAACUCUCUGGAUGAGGCAGAGAAGAAGGAGCUGCGUGCUUUCAGUCAACAGAGGAAACGGGACAAUCUGGGCCGAGGGGCAGUACGACCGUUCCCUGUGACAAUGACAGGAGCCAUCUGCCAUCAGUGUGGUAGACAGAUCAGUGGAGGGGACAUUGCUGUUUUUGCCGGUCGGGCUGGAACUGGCUGCUGUUGGCAUCCUCAGUGUUUCCAGUGUGCCUCCUGUAAUGAGCUGCUGGUCGACCUCAUAUACUUCUACCAGGAUGGACAGAUCUACUGCGGCCGGCACCACGCGGAGAGGCUCAAACCGCGCUGCCAGGCCUGUGAUGAGAUCAUUCUAGCAGAUGAGUGCACAGAGGCAGAGGGCAGGUACUGGCACAUGAAACACUUCUGCUGUUUUGAGUGUGAGGCUGCACUCGGAGGUCAGCGCUAUAUCAUGAGAGAGAGUCGGCCAUACUGCUGCUCCUGCUACGAGUCUUUGUAUGCAGAGUACUGUGACACCUGUGGGGAAAACAUAGGUAUUGACCAGGGCCAGAUGACGUUUGAGGGCCAGCAUUGGCACGCAGUGGAGGCAUGUUUCUGCUGUGCUCGCUGUCAUCUGCCCCUGCUGGGGCGACCCUUUCUGCCCCGAGCAGGGCUGAUAUUCUGCUCCAGAGCUUGCUCUUUGGGAGAGGACCCCAACAACUCUGACUCCUGUGACUCAGCUCUACAGAGCCGCUCUCCAUUAAACAGAAGACAUGUGACAGGAAGAAGCCAGCAGCAACACUGUUGUUCACCACUUCAACCACUAGAGGGCAUCCACUCCCAUGUAAUACCAGCAAGAGACUGCAUUUAUACCACAAUGAAAAACAGAGGCCCACACUACACUUUUAUAGAACAUAAUGGAGCACCUUUAUCCCGUCACCCUCAUUCCAGAGGCACGUACACCCCUCUCCCACACAUACACCUGGCAAACGGAAGGGGGCCCUCCUGGCCCCAUGAUAUCACACAUUAUGGUGUACCACCAGGACGCUGUGACAGUCCUCACUUUAACUAUUCCGAAAAUGAGAACAGAAUGAAUGGAGACAUUGGACAUCCACUUACCUGUAUCAAUUCAAGAGAGACUUCCACCACUAAAGACUGUAUUGCUUGGGUGGAAAAGACAAAUCAAGCAUUUCCAUCCCAAAACCAUCAGGACUCGCCUGACUUACCUCCAUCUGACUCUGAGCUGCCUCCUCCUCUGCCCACCAAGUCCCAUGAGCUCGUUUACAGAGAGUCUCCCACUGUGAAUGUGACUACUGAGCGACCCUCCGACUCCCCCACGCUCCUGUCCCGCGGUGGAACAACCCGGGUCAGUUUCAGGGAGCCAAUCAGCAGCAGCUAUUCUGUGGAGGAGGAAGAGGAGGAGGAGGAGGAGGAAGAAGAGCCUUAUGACAAGGAGGAGGAUGAUCAAACACAGGAAGUAUUUGGAAGCAGGUUACAUCUAAAGAAGGGCAUUCCACCUCAAAUGGAUCUGCUGGAUGGUUCACCGCACCAUCACCGCAGCCGUCGUAGAGGCUGGGGUCACUCCCGUGUGCCUUCUGACCCUUCUGUCCUCAUGGGGUCGGAAAGACGGCACCGACGUUCCCGAUCUGAACGCCCCCGACUGGACUCACUGGAGCACAGAGGAGAGAGAGAAAGGGAAAUCCGAGGUUCAUCCCACUCUCUGUCUAUCAGUCUUCAAACGGGACACUGCAAACAUGAGGACUCCUGCUCAACAUGCUCUUCAUCCUCAGAUUCAGAGGAGGAAGGAUACUUUUUGGGAAAACCUAUUCCCCUGCCCCCACAGCUCAGAGUGAACCAGCAAAGCACACCGAUACCUCCACCUGGGAGCAAAGAGGGACCCAAAGAAAGUGGAUUUCGCGGGAGUUUCAGGCGCAGAAGGGCUCACAGCCUCGGGGCGAAAGACAAAGAUAAAAACUGUGCCAUUUCCUAACCUCUUAUGAAUGAGUAGAUGCAGAGUAUGUAUGGAGCGAUCACAUCUGGUAUGGGAUGUCACAAUAUAAAAUGUUUACGUUACAAUUACAGAAAAACACUAUAAUUUAAUGAUUAUUCACAAUUAUUCACACCAUGACCAAACAACAGUGAAAUCCUUCCUGUCACUUCUCAUGCCUAAUAUUGCCAUUCCUCUAGUAUGUGACCAGUUUUAUUCAAUCAAAUUUUCUUAGUGAUAAUGUGACAUGAACAGCUAGAUAAAUAAUGCACUCUAAUCGUAGUUUUUGAACAAUAGAUAGAAUGGAAAUACUUAAUUUUUCUUCUGAAUUGGUCACAAUUAUUUUUUCCCCUCAUAUAAUAUUGUGACCUGAAUAAUCAUGAUUACUGAUUAACCAAAUACUCUUGGGAUCUCUGGUCUGACAUAGUCAUAAAACCAAGUAGAAUAAGAAAAGGUUCUGAAAGGGGAAGUGUAUUGCCAACUACUACAUACUACUGUUUUAGUUGAAACCCCUUAGAUGAAAGCUGAAACGUCAUCAAAUAAUCAAAAAUCUUAGUACAUACAACUACCUGUUGAUAUUGAUAACUGCCUUUACUUUAAAUGCAGCCACCAAUCCAGAAAUACUCAGGACACCUCUGUAACUAAAUAAUUUUGUAGAAAACUUUGUAUUCAUGUAUGAUUUGUGACAAAGUAUUUGUAAGUCAAGCCAAGUCUGUCUUAAGUUUGUUUGAACUAAAGGUGUGUUACAGUGGGCUGUUUAACAUAACUAUAUUUACAUAUGCAAAGUCCAACGGCAAACUGACGAGAUACUUGGUGGUUUUAUGCACAUGAUAUACACUGGCUAUAGUGUUGUGAAAGAAUACAGUUUCUUUUAAAUUACUGUAUGGUUUUAGUGCAAUGUGGUGUGGCCUUUGUGCUGUAAAUAACUAUUACUUUUGUGUUGCAUUUGUAACAGAUUUGUACGAAGUUUAUUGUUAAUUAUCCAACUCAGAAGCAUAUUUUUAUAUAUUUGGUGUGGGGUUAUUUGCCUUGAGGAUAUGUUUUUUAUAGUCUUAUUUCUGAUGUGCAAGCAAUGUAUUGUGAAUGAAAAAUCACCUCAGUAAUUUAGGUUAAUUAGGUUAAUAAAAUAAAGUAAUAAAUUAUUUAA